AUGGAUGCCAUUCAAGAGAGGCAGAAACUCAUACGUAUUGCGGAUCGCUCAGACUAUGGCUGGGACGUAGUCCAGGAGUACAUUUCCGACGAAUUAGCUGCAGAUAGCGACGACGAGAAAAAGUUAUCAAAAGCUGAGAAGGCAGCUGAAAUGAAGUGUCAGAAGAAGAAGAAAGCAGCUGCAUAUAGAGGAGGCCGCAAUUCCUUGAAGUGUGUAACUGUACUCUUUGUAUUUAUAAUUGUUGUUUUUGUUGUUGUUUUAGAGGAACUGGUACCACAUUUUGCUGAGCUGGACAUUUCUGCUGAAUUUGCUGAUCUCACUAAACAGACUCUGAUGCUUUGGCCUUCACAAAGUUUAACAGCUGACAAUAAUUAUGUUGUAAUAAUGAGAUUCUUGAGGAGUAAUAAUGGAUCACUAAUUGAGCCAUCAUAUGCUUUUAAAUCACUGAGGGAUGGUAUUAUUACUCAUAAUUAUGAUAUUGAAUAUCGAAGAACUUAUUUUAAUGAAAUAUUCGACUUACUUAAUGACAAAUAUGGUAUUAAAAGAAGUGAUAUUCAGUUGUUGUGGGAUUUUCCAACUGCAAGUACUAAAUCACUUACUGACAGAUUAGUCUUCAUGAGAGAUGAUGCUAUUAAUAGAAUUGAAGCUGCACCCCCUUCGUUAAAUAUUGUCAAUUACACUGAUAAUUAUUCCGAUCAAAUAUUCAGGUAUAUUUAUGCUGAGACGUCAGUUCCAGACUACCUCUCCUCUCCAUUGCCUGGUUCCCAUUUGAUCAUUGACAGUGAGACUGGACUACCAGUUUACCAAAGGAACUCUGUACUCUCCUUCAUUGUCCUCAUUCCUCAUAGUGUAUCCAAUGGAUCAGUUACUAAUCCUUCACUAGUGCAGUUUGGACACGGACUGUUCGGUGAUAAAACAGAAGUAGAACAACACUACCUACAGAAACAGGCCAAUACCAAUGGGUACAUCCUAUUCUCCUGUACUCUGUGGGGACUAGCUAAUUACGACAUACCCAGUAUAGUCCUGGAGCUGAUACUGCAGGACAUAUCUAACUUUAGGGUCCUUCCUGAUAGGCUGGGACAGGGUGUGGUUAAUGAGCUAGUGUUAAUGAGGUUAAUGAAAGGGGCCUACUCCUCCCACCCACUCCUGCUGGUUAAUGGUAGGAAGGUCAUUGACCAGAGGAGGGUUCAUUAUUAUGGGCUGUCACUGGGCGGAAUAAUGGGUGUGGUCUACAUGGCAUUGACUAAUGAUGUGGAGAGAGGUGUUUUGGGUGUGGCUGGCGGUUCAUUUGGUCUAAUAUUACCAAGAAGUAUUGACUUCACCAAUAAUUUUGUGUUCAUUCGUGGGUUGUAUCCUGAUCCUGUUGACUUUAUAAUAAUGAUGAGUAUGAUCAACAUGAUAUGGGCCAGAGGUGGUCCCAAUGGUUUCAUGAGUCAUGUUACCAACAAUACACUACAUAACACCACUGAACACCAGAUAUUAUAUCAAUAUGCUCUUGGUGAUGCUCAAGUUAAUAUUUUGGGGCUCUAUACAGUAUCCAGAUCCACUGGUGCCCUCAUGUUUGCUGAUAAUGUAAAGGAACAGUAUAAACCUGACCCGACCAGUAAUGUGGUACUGGAGGAGAAUUUAUUUGGAUUUAAGUUAAUUAAUGAAAGUAUAAUGAGAACUUCUGGAGCCAUUGGGUUUGAUUGUGGAGCUCCUCCAGAACCAGCUGGUAAUGUCCCUCCUGAUGCUAGUACUGAUACUCAUGAGAUACCAAGAAGAACUAAACUAGCUCAACAACAAUUUGAUUCAUUCAUUAAAAGUGGAUUAAUUAUUAAUUAUUGUAAUGGACCAUGUACUGACUGUACUCAACCAUCCUAACUAAUAAUAAUGUAUUGUACAACUCUUUUAU